AGGGAACGGGAGCUGAAAGAGAUGAGAAAAGAGCUAGAAAAAGAGAAACAAGUUAACGAAAAACUUGCUCUCCGAAAUGAAGAAACUGAUAAUGAAAACAGCAAGUUAAGAAGAGAGAAUGAACAGCUACGACAAGAUGUUAUAGACUGCCAGAGACAGAUUGACUCCCAGAGGGAAUCUCUUAUGUCCCGUGGAGAGGGGCAAGACUACAAAACUCUCAUCUCAAAGAAGAACAUGGAACUGGUACAAUACCUUGAUGAGAUCCAGAGCUUGACAGAGGCCAAUGAAAGACUGGAAAGCCAAAACCAAGAAAUGACAAAGCACCUGGAAGAAUCUGUACAUGAAAUGGAGAAAAUGACUGAUGAA